GAUAUUAAGUUCCUAUUUGUCUAUGGCAUUUAUUUUUAAAUUUCCAUCAAAUUUACAUGUUGUUGUUUUUGUUACAUGGUACAGGUUUCCUUGACAUAGUGGAAGAGUAUGUUGCCUGUGAAAGAGAAACCAACGAUAAGCAGCCCAUUGCUAAAGUAGUUGGAAUUAUGGGGUUCAAAUCUAGCUACAUUGUUGAUGGUCAUCACAAAGUCCUGUGGAAUAAAAACGGUCGAACAUUUUAUGCAAAUAAAUGCAUACACUUGGAUCUCGAAGGCGAAAUAUUUGUGCGACAGUCGGGCUACUACAUAGUUUCUUCGCAGCUAAAUCUGCGACGACAAAAUGAGACAGGCACACCGAUAAAUGGAACCAGAACAACGACCUUCAUUCAUCAUCUUGAUCUCCUUUCACACAAGUAUGGCACAACUGGGGUGUUGAUGCAAACCAAAAAUUCAAUUGAAAGAAAUGGUGUAUACUUCACAAGUUUCUUGUCGGCGGUUUUUAAGCUGAACAAAUAUGAUAGGCUCUCUGUGUCCAUCUCGCACCCAAAACUGUUAGACAAUGACAAUAAAUUUGAUAAUUUCCUGGUUUAUUACACUUAUGAUCUGCAAAACUAAAAUACGAUUUAAUUACAUUGUAUUUAAACAUGUCAAUUCAACGAAACUAAGUAAAAGAAAAUAAAUUCAAAUGCUUCCCCCAUAAUCCUCUGAUCUUAACAUAUUGACGUUUGUGAUAGUCAAAUGGAUUUUAUUGGUGUAAAAUGUACCGUAUGUAACGUCGAUGGAA